UGUGUCUAAAGGGAGUGACAACAAUACGUAAAACUUACACUUACAAGUCGAAAAUCACUACAUUUGAUACAUUUCAACCUAUAACAACGUUUGGUAGAAAAAAUUAUAAGUUUGAAAUAUCAAAGGUUUACACUGUCAGGUUGGAAAUAUAUGGAGAUUGGAAAAUUCGAGUUCGUGGCAAAAACUCAGUUUCUUUUUUAAUGCUAAAUGUAAACAGUUGAUAAAAUGUAAAUUGACCUAAAGUAAAAGUGACGAGAUGUGAAUUCACUAAAUGUAUUAAUGGACAAAAUGGAAGGUUCACAAAAUUCUAAAAUAAAAAUUACCAAAUGUAAUGUUUUAAGGGCUAUAUUUAUAAAUCUGAGAAUAAUGGCAGUAGAGGCAGUAGACGUUUUAUCGAAUGAAUUUGAUAAAGCUACUUCAAAAAGUCUAACAAAGGAUGUUAAGGAUGAAUGGAGUCAAGAACAACAAGCUCAUUGGAGGGAUGCCUGUGACAAAGAACGGGCAAAUAAAUUCGUAAGAGAUCACAUUUUACCUGCACAGUUCAUGAAAGAAAAAAAAACCGUGGAAAGAGUUGGCGAGAAAAUGCAAAACCAUGCCGCUGGAUUUCAUAAAGUGUUGUAUCGAAAAAUAAAAAUGGUGGCUAAAACUGGCAAACUUUGUAUGAAAAAAAGACUCGAAGACUUCUAUAUAACAGCGAAAAAAAUUCGGGCGUUCGAUACAAAUAAAUCUGGUCCUACUUAUUUCGAAUCUCACUUUAUUGCUAAAGGUAAGGAUGAUGGAAAGUAUGUGAAGUUGAUACAUUUGGAUGGACCUGCGAGCUCUGACUUCAUGCAAACUGGGAUACAUGGGAAUAAGAAGUUCAGGAUAACUGGGAAAGAACUUUGUUAUGUUGGACCUGUUGGCCACAAUUCUACUCAAACAUUAGAAUUACUUAAUAUUGAGAAAAUCAAUGAAAAUUGGAAGCUAACUAGUGAAAAUGAAAAUAUAUCAGAGAACAUGGAUCGUGCACUGGAUUCUUGUUGGGAAGAUAUGAGCCAUUAAACAAGGUGGAACUGGAUGCGUGUGAUGUUGACAUAUUGGACAAUUUGGAAAAAUUGUAGUAUUUUUUGAUAAAUAAAUUUAAACAAUUAU